AUGAAUAUUGAUCUGGCUGACUGGCAGAUUGCUGGCAUCUUUGCCCUCCUUUCUUCGGCCACUUUCCCGCUGGGGGCUGUUUUAGGCGUCUUCGCCUUUAUUUUGCACCGAAAGUUGAAUAGGCGCCUCCUGGCGUUCUUUCUUUCUGUGGGGGCAGGCUCACUGAUUUUCGCGGUGGCAGUUGAGGUGUAUGCAGAGGGUUUGGAAGCUAUUGAACACAUCCGCAGUGGUAACGACACGGUACGGACCGUGGCGUUCAUUGUCCAAAUCGCGUUUGCCGUCGUCGGGGCACUGCUAUACGUGUGGCUGGAUCGCCAGGUCAACCGCAUCAGUAGUGCCGUACACAGACGUUCGCGCGAAAGCGUUACGCGGGAAGCUGUCGCUACACGGGAUGAUAAUGGGAUAGGUGGCGACAUUAUCGGAAAUGUGCAAAAUGUGGGGAAACACUGCGAAAAGGCUAUCACGUCACGGGGCGACAACGAAUCUCUCGCAGAUGAAUCUGCAUACGAAACGCGAAGUCUAUUGAGCUAUGCAUCUGAAGAAGAUGAUCCAGCGGAUGCCUCCUGCACCAGACAAAGAUCCGCAAACACCGGGGGGAUCUGGGUACCCAUGGGGGGUUCUCUAGCCAGCACUCAAGGUACCGUCGGCCGUUGCAAUGAGCAUUCUUCUCGAAGAAGCCAGGCCGCGACAUCGCCGUCAGGACACAGACCGGAAUCCACGCAAGUUAUGGAAGAUGCUACAGAUGCCGACAAGAUUGGGCACUAUCGAAAAUCUUCAUCAGAUUUUCCUUCGAACGCCGUUCGCAUCCCCACAGAAGUGGCGGAUGCAAACGAUGAGGAGCUCUAUAUGCUCGCUGCGGAGGAACACCUUUUACAGAAAGACCGGCGAGAAAGGAGAGAUGUGAAGACCGAAAAAGCACGGGACCACUUGGGUGUGGCUCUGGUUCUGUGGGCGAGUCAACUUGUCGACGCUAUUCCCGAAGCUAUGAUGAUUGGAUUUCGAGUUGUCGGUAAUAAGCUCUCGUGGGCAUUCAUUAUUUCGCUCUUCAUUGCAAACUUCCCGGAGAGCUUUAGUGGCGGCUACAUGAUGAAAAAGGAGGGCUUCCGCGCAUGCGUGGCGUUCGCCAUGUGGCUAGCUGUCCCUAUGCUUACCGCUAUCGUCGCUGCUGCUACGGCAGCCAUCCAGGUGACCCCUGCGCAUUCGGUGGCGAUGCGCAUGUUUGAUGCUGGAAUGCAAGGAACAGCUGCGGGCGCGAUGUUGGCUUUAUCGACUGCAUCAAUGCUUCCAGCUGCAUACGAAGCCGGAGGCGUUUCAUCUGGACUCUUUUGUGUCUUAGGGUUUCUAUUUUCUGUGUCUGUUCGCUUGUUUCUUGGCGUCCUUGAGGGCCCCGUGCCUCUCGGUCAAGAGGCUGGUAUUAUAGAGCAUACGCCUAGACUUCCUGAAAGGCAGGUUGCGCCUGUGGAGGCAUCAUUCGACUAUCGCUAG